AUGGACCCCGCCGUGUUUGAAUCUGUGGAGGCAGCAUGCCGUGUCUUGCAGCGCGAUCCGUUCGGCCAAGAGGCUAUUGCCAUCUGGCAGAAAGCACAAGCAGACCGGACUGAGCGCAUUGCGACGCAAGUCGCUGAAGCAGCUCCAAUCGUGAUCUUGGAGGGCACAGAUGGAGUUGGAAAAACCACUUUGGCGACGAAUUUGCAGCAGUCCAUGGAGGCCGUGCUUGUGAAGACGCCGCCGGACGAGUUGAGACAUUUGCGAACCUAUUUCGACACGGCUGAUGCUGAGCUCCGCCGCUCCUACUACCUCCUCGGCAAUUACGUUUGCGCGGCUGGGCUUGGCCGCAUGGAGCCAGUGACGCCAGUGAUUGUGGAUCGCUUCUGGCCGUCCUCAGCUGCCUAUGCGCUGGCCUUUGACCUCAAGUCGUCAACAAGCGACAUUCCAGAAGUUGGGCGGAUGCCCAACGACCUGGUGGACCUGCUUCCAUUCGGGUCGAGGCCCAUCAUCUUUUUGGUCCUUGACCUCCCAGAGGAGGAUCGAGCCAGUCGGGUACGCGCCCGAUCAUCGAUCACCGCAGAGGAGGUAUCACUGGAGCAGGAUGCCGCUGUUCGAAAGCGCCUUGUGAACGCCUACGCCACGUUGCAGCUUCCACAGGGACAGGCCAUGAAGUUUCUGGAUGCGUCUGGCAGUCCAGGCGAGGUUUUGGACAGGGCCCUGACAAUGGUUCGCAGAGGGGUGGAGGCAUUCCGCGCUUCGCCGGUGCCGCUUUCCGUGAACUGGCACUACACAAGGCAGUGCAACUACAAGUGCCAGUUCUGCUUUCACACGGCGAAGACCUCAUACUUCUUGCCGCAGACCAAGGGCGGCAUGGAGGAGGCUAAGCGUCGCCUGCGUCGGCUUCGGUGGGCGGGAAUGCAGAAGCUGAACUUCAGCGGCGGCGAGCCGUUCCUUCACCAGAAGGAGCUUGCAGAGCUCUGCCGCUUUUGCAAGCAGGACCUGAAGCUGGAAUCUGUGAGCAUCGUGUCCAAUGGAAGCAAAAUCACCGAAGAGUGGAUUCACAAGAACGGCGAGUUUGUGGACAUCCUGGCCAUCUCUUGCGACUCAUUCAAGGAGGACACGAACAUCAAAAUCGGCCGAGGCGGCGGAAACCAUAUUCAGCAGUUGGAGUUGAUUCGCGACUGGUGCGCAGCAGCGGACAUCAAGUUUAAGGUGAACACUGUCGUAAACGCGCUCAACGUCCAGGAGGACAUGGGGCACAUGAUCAGUCGCCUCAAUCCGGUUCGCUGGAAGGUCUUCCAGUGCUUGCUAUUGGAAGGUGAGAACGCGGGUGAAGAGGCUUUGCGAAAUGCCAAGAAGCUGACCGUGUCUUCAGAGGAAUUCAGCGGCUUCCUGGACCGACAUGCCGAGAUUAAAAUCCUAGUCCCUGAGGACAAUGAGAAGAUGAAGGACUCCUACCUGAUCCUGGACGAGUACAUGCGAUUCCUGAACUGCACUGGUGGCGCGAAGAAGCCGACAGCCUCUUUGAACGACGUGCCUGUCAUCUCGGCGCUACGCGAUGCAGGAUUCAAUUCCAAGAUGUUCCACACUCGUGGGGGGGUUUACGAAUGGACGCGGGCACGAGUCGCAUGCCAAGAUGGAGGCGCAGACCUUGAAGACCUGGCUGGCAAGCCCGCACCUCUCAGGAGGAUGCCGCGCCCUGAUGGCGCUCCCAAGACAUUGCGCCCCUGGAAGCGAGUCCAAGUCCUCACUACAGCAGCACUCGUUGCAGCUGGCCUGGCAGUGGCUCUAGCCAACAGCCGCAAUUCCCGAACGCUCGCUGCACGCUGA